ACGUAUCGGCAGGCUUCGCUGCCUUCCAACGCCUCUACCCACCAUAUGGGGCUGUUUCCCUCACUGCCGCCUCCUCAACAUGCAAUUUUAGAAUUCUUUUCUCCAUCUCUCGCCUCCCGUCGAUGCAUUAGAUAUACUCAGCUCCGUCUUUUCUCUACCCGUAUCGCUGCUCAAAGGGGGGCUUCCUUUUGAAAGCCCUGCCUAUGUCUCGUAAGUCUGGAAACUUACCUGUUGCAACCAUGAGCGAGAUCGUGAAGAAACCUGGUCAUGAUGCAUCCCCGCUCUGUGAAGAAAAGCAAGAGAAAAGGUUGGAAGCUGAAUACUCGGAAGAUGAGAAAAAGGCUAGGAUGGGAUCGUUGAAAAAGGCAGCAAUGAGUGCUUCUACAAAGUUGAGAAAUUCUUUAACAAAAAGAAGUAGGAGGAGCAGUAGAGUAGCUUCUAUUUCCAUUGAAGAUGUACGAGAUGCAGAGGAAUUGCAAGUAGUAGAUGCAUUUCGCCAAGCACUUAUUCUAGAGGAGCUAUUACCCACGAGGCAUGAUGAUUACCACAUGCUGCUAAGGUUUCUGAAAGCAAGAAAAUUUGACAUUGAGAAAUCAAAACAAAUGUGGGCAGAUAUGAUCAACUGGAGGAAAGAAUUUGGUGCUGACACUAUUAUGGAGGAUUUUGAUUUUAAAGAAGUUGACGAGGUGAAGAAGUACUACCCCCAAGGUCAUCAUGGCGUUGAUAAAGAAGGGAGACCUGUUUACAUAGAGCAACUGGGGAAGGUGGAUGCUAAUAAGUUGAUGCAAGCAACAAAUAUGGAGCGUUAUAUAAAGUAUCAUGUGCAAGAGUUUGAGAAAACCUUUGCCAUUAAGUUUCCUGCUUGCUCUAUAGCAGCAAAAAAACAUAUCGACACAAGCACAACAAUCUUAGAUGUACAGGGCGUGGGUCUGAAGAAUUUCAACAAGGCUGCUAGAGAACUUGUAAUGCAGCUCCAGAAGAUUGAUGGUGAUAACUACCCUGAGACGCUGUGCCAGAUGUUCAUCAUAAAUGCAGGUUCUGGGUUUAGGCUUCUUUGGAACACUGUGAAGACUUUCCUCGACCCCAAAACUACUGCUAAGAUCCACGUCCUUGGAAAUAAGUAUCAGGACAAGUUGCUUGAAGUAAUUGAUUCCAGUGAAUUGCCAAAAUUUCUGGGAGGGACUUGCACUUGUGCAGAUCAUGGUGGUUGCCUUAAUUCAGACAAAGGCCCAUGGAAUGAUCCUGAAACAAUGAAGAUGGUUAAUGGAGAAGCUAAAUGUGCCAGAAAAAUUUUCACCAUCUCAGGCAGUGAUGUGAAGAUUAUUUCUCAAACUGAUAACACCUAUCCCAAGGGCUUUGAUUCACUUUGUGGGGAAUCACUGCGUGAAGCUGAGGACAUGCAAUCUCCACGGAUUGCAAGGGAGUUUAUAGAGCAUCCCAGUUUAUCUCCUAUUCAUGAAGCAGCUCAAAUUGGCAAAGCAAAUCUGAAAGACACCUGCGAUGAUGAUGAUGACAUCCCAAUGGUUGAUAAGACUGUUGAUUGUAGUUGGAAAAAAGAAGCUUCAGAUGGGAAAUCUACAUAUCAAGUUCCUAUAAUUUCUAAAGGAACCCUUUCUUCUGAUUCCCGUGUUUGUCCAGAAGGAAAAAGCACACAGAUACUUGCAGGGGUCAUGUCCAUUGUCACGGGAAUUAUUGGAUUCCCACGCUCAAUGCCAAAGAAACUCACUGAAGCACCAAUGGAUUACAGCAGUCCUACUUACUGUGCUAACUCGGUGAUGAAAGAUGAAGGAGCUUAUCAUUCCUUGGCAGCUCCUGUUGUUUCUGCUUCUGAGUAUGCAUCUGUUAUGAAACGCCUUAAUGACUUGGAAGAGAAGGUUGUGACUGCCAGUAUGAAACCCUCAGAGAUGUCAUUUGAUAAGGAGGAGCUUCUCAAUGCUACAGUACAACGUGUCAGUACUCUGGAGACAGAAAUUCUGGAAGCUAAGAAGGCUCUUCAAGAAGCUCUUCAGCAACAAGAGGAGCUACUUGCAUAUAUUGAGAAGAAGAAAAAGAAAAAGAACUCAAGGAACCCAUUCUGUUGGUAAGCUGCAGCUUCGCAGAAAGUCAAUUACCUUCAGCUGACAUUUGGUUCUGGCAGCGGUCUUGGUUCAAUCUAGCCCUCACAGAGCUGUGCAGCUUGUUCUCAAAACUUGUAACUGUGAAUAACAGCUAAUCUGACGAUACAUUGUACAUUCAAAAGAUAGAAAUACUAAUCGUCCAUAUA